UUAGAUGGAACAUCUUAUGAUGCUGAGACUGUUAUCCUAUUUGCUUGGCUUAUUAAUUUUUCCAAGUGUACAAGGAGGAAUUGCGUCCAAUUCAAAGGAUCAGUCGAUGUGUGUUCUCCAAGAUGCACCACAACAAUGCGGCUCCUUUUGCCUGGCCGCUCUCAACCCGAUAUUCGACGAUACUGAUAGUAUGCGAACGACGUUGGAUGAAAUCAAGGCAGAGCUGAAGGCCGGAUUGGAUUCGAGACUCAAGCAGGAACUCAAAGAAGACUUCGCGAAUUCAAUUCAGGCUCUGCAGACCAAGCUGGAUGCGAGAUUGGACAGAACGGAGGAACUUAGGAUGAUGAAAAUAACAGCCGAUGCCAACGAUGAACUUAAAAUCCAAGUAACUACUUUGAAAGAUACAAUAAAAGACUUACAGAGUAAGUUAAAAAUAUCCAAAGGUCAAAUCAAAAGCAAAGAAGAUAUUUUAAAAGUGAAAGAGGAGGACCUUAAAAAUAGAGAUGAACAAAUCUCGACCCUUACGACUCAAAUAAAAGCUAUUGAGAAAACAAAAUCAGAACUAUCUAGUCAGCUUUCUGAAUUGCAUAAAUAUUAUGACAUUUUACCUGACUCUUGUCCCAAUGGCAGUACCAAUUUCAUUUACCAAAUUAAGGUUCGGGAUCUUGAACCCUUUAAAGUGUCAUGUGCGACGUCUCCGCCUGGUUGGACUGUAAUUCAGAGACGCAUUGACGGAUCCGAGAACUUCAAUAGAACCUGGAAUGAUUAUAAAUAUGGAUUUGGGAAUGUCAGUGGAGAAUUCUUCAUCGGGCUGGAAAAAUUGCAUCGGAUGACUGAGGCACGACCCCACGAACUCUACAUUAAACUUGGGGAUGUUGAUGGAUCCACCAGCUACGCUCAAUACGAUGACUUUAAGAUUGGAAGUGAGGAGGAAUUGUACGAGUUGAAGAAUCUAGGUAAUUUUUCUGGUGAAGCCGGAGACUCACUCACAUACAAUAAGAACCAAAAGUUCUCCACAUUUGAUCGGGAUAAUGACAAUAUCAUUGGUUUCAAUUGUGCCUCUACAUAUGGUGCAUGGUGGCACAAUUACUUUUUAAAUAGUGCGCUCAAUGGAAAAUACUUCGAAGAUGGCAAAGGUAAUGGAAUUAUUUGGUACUCAUGGCAUGAAGAUUAUGAUGAAUCACUUACCUUUGUCGAAAUGAUGAUAAGGCCCAAGUCCUUAUGAGUCGCACUGUUUAAGUAUGAAAUAUUUGAAUAAUAAUAAAAAAUACUAAAUCUAAACUGUACUCCUAAUGCUGUCUGGUAUUAAUUUGUUUUUAUUUGAUGAAAUAGGAGAUUAGAUUGUUAUUAAAUUGCGUAUUUAAAA